AUGUCCGCGUCUGCUCGCCUGCCCAGGCAAGCUGCCAGCCACGCACGCGGUGCGCGUCAGAUACGCUUCCAGUCGACCUCACAAUCGUCGUCGUCGUCGUCGACGAGCGCCACAAACCAUGUCGCGGCUGGAGCUGUGGGUGGCCUGGUCGCCGCUGGCGCCCUCUAUGGCGCCUAUUCGAUGAGCCCUACCGGCAAGAUGGCCAAGCAGAUUAACAAGACGGCCAAGGACGCCGAGAGCAAGUACAACGAGGCGGCGUCCAAGCUCCGCGAGAAGGCGCCCUCCUCGGCUGACGAGGCCAUCGAGUCGAUGAAGAAGCUGGCCCUGUCUUACGCAGCCUUCAUCCCUGGCGCAAAGGGAUACGUAGAGGCUGCCUUUGCGGACGUCAAGAAGGUGCAGGAGAACCACGGCGAAGAGGUGGACAGCAUUGUACAGGAUGCAUACAAGAGGUUACAGACGGCAUCCAAGUCGGGAUUUAGCAUGGAUACGGCAUCACAAGCCUGGGAUAUCCUUGCUGACGUGUCAGCUAAGCUCGCCAAACUGGCGGGCGAUGCGGCGGGCGAUGUGCUCGACAACCACCCGGAGCUCAAGGACAAGAUUGGCGGCAACGUAGACAAGCUCAAGAGCAUGGGCGAACAGUACGGUCCAGAGGCCAAGAAGAUGGCCGAUGAGACGUGGAGUCAGGUCAAGGACAUUGUGGCCGGUGGCUUGAGCGCUGACAACAUCGCCAAGGCGAAGAAGCUAGUCGACGACAAGGUUCAACAAGUACAGAAGCUUGGUGACGAGGCGUGGAAGAAGGGAUUGGAGCAGGUCAAACCCCUGCUCGAGAAGAACCCUAAGAUCAAGGAGCUGGUCGAGAACAACGCGGAUGCAUUGAAGAAAGGAAACGUUAUGGAACUCUUCAACAAGGCCAAGUCUGCCGUCGAGUCGGGUGACACUGGAGAUCUGGAGAAGUACGUCAAACAAGCUGUGGACAAGGCCCAGUCAGUGGCAGGCAGCGGCAAGGACUCCAUCGCCGGUAGCCUCGAGCAGUACCUGGGCAAAAUCCCCAACGGCCCCGAGACACUGGCGAAGCUGCAGCAGCUAGGAGAGGUUGCGGCCAAGCACAAGGACGAGGGCGAGAAGCUUCUCAAGGAAACCAUUGAGGAGCUGAAGCAGGUGCUGGAGAAGAAGGCCGAACAGGCGGAGCAGAUCAAGAAUAAGGCUCAGGAUGACGCUAAAAAAGCAAACAAAUAA